AUGGCAACGAAGCGACUGCGCAAGGAGUAUUUAUCUAUGCAACGCAAACCCGUCGACUAUAUUCAAGCAGUGCCUUUAGAAACAAACAUUCUCGAGUGGCACUAUGUUAUUACAGGUACAAAAGGCACGCCCUACGAGGGUGGGUUCUACCACGGCAGGUUAAAGUUUCCACCCGAAUACCCCAUGAAACCCCCGUCUGUGAUGAUGAUCACGCCUAAUGGUCGUUUUAAAACCAAUCAGCGCUUGUGUCUCAGCAUGUCAGAUUUCCAUCCAGAGACAUGGAAUCCCAUGUGGUCUGUCAGCUCCAUUCUCACGGGUCUUUACUCAUUCAUGCUGGAAAAUCAGGCAACAUUGGGUAGUAUGAGCACAACUGAUGGUCAAAAGCGAAAGUAUGCCGCGACGUCUUUGGAGACCAAUUGUGCCAACGCGACGUUUCGAAAGUUGUUUCCAGACCUCGUUGCUUUACAGGCGGAGCGAGAAAAAGAUGAAGAAUUGUCACGACGAUUGGAAACCGAUAGUAGCCUUGCAACAUCUUCUAGUACUACUAGGGGUGUGCCAUCGGAGAAGGCAGGAGCAAUAGAAGACUGGUCCAUGGCUGUGUGCCUUAUUAGCAGUGGGCUUAUUGUGGCCACUCUUGCGUUAUAUUGGUUGUCGUAA